ACAAAAGCAAAAUCAAAACAACCAAACUUGUUGACUUUAAUAAUUCUAAAACUAUUAUUUAUUCAUCUCGCUCACUAUUUAUUAUGAAUGAUACAUAAAAACUCAAAGUAAUUGUUUAAAGCAAAAGACAAAAAAAAUAAAACGCAAUUUUAGCAAUCAAAAAUUAUAAUUAAAAAUAAAGUACUGUAUAGAAUUCUCUUAGAUAUCAUUCUUUGAAAAGUGCCAUAAUUUUUCACAAAUUAUUUCAAACAAAGUACCAAUACCUACCUAGGUAAGCAUCUCGAGGAAACUUAUCUUCAAAAUAAACUUAAUUUUGUCCAUCGUUCAUUCCUCUACUACUACUACUACUACUAGGUACAGCACGAGUUCCCUGAGCCAUAGGAAUCUACUGUUUGCAUUAAAUUUGAUAAUCAUGAAUUCGAAUUCGACUGUGAUAGACUCCUCGGAGGGUUUUGAUGGCGCCAAAAUACUUGCCAUGGUUUCACUGGGAUUGGGAAGCUUCAUAUUUGGAAUGUUACCUGCAGCAAUAUCUGAAAGAAAUCGUAGAAGAUUCCCAUUUUCUACCUCCUUGAUGCUCUGCUUUGGAGCUGGUAUUCUACUAGCUACAGCAAUGGUUCAUAUGCUUCCUGAUGUCCGAAGGACAAUGCCUAACAAUGCAGAGGUGUUUUUCUGUGGAGGAUUCUUCUUUGUGUAUUUCAUCGAUGAAUUUAUUCAUUAUUUCUUUGGAGAGGCUAUUCAGCACGAGCAUUCUCAUAGCAAUUCAUCUCAUCGACAUCAACAUAAUCAUAGUCACAGCAACUAUGGAUCUAACGGGGAAGCAGAACCAUUAGUCCGCGCGCAUACUUCGAGUUGUGCAGUAGAACAAAAGGAAAAACAAUGCGAAACCGUUAUAAGACAAGCAAAUGAACGCAUAUGCCACACAAGCCAUCGUGAACCAUGUGCUGAGAGUAUGACUGGAGCGUUUGGUCUCUUUGUGGCCCUUUCGUUGCACUCAUUUGUGGAGGGAUUGGCCAUAGGGGUUCAAAAUUCUAGCACAAGGGUUCUUUUUCUCCUUGGAGCUGUUGCAUGUCAUAAGUUUGUGAUGGGUUUUUGCUUGGGACUUGAAUUUCGUUCCAAUUCUCGUGCAACUUUCAAAUCUCAAUUAUUUGCUGUUUUAGUAUUUUCCCUUGGUGCAGUUUUGGGCAUUGGUGUUGGAAUGUUACUUGUUAACUUACCCAUGAGUUGGUCAAAUACUGGAUUGCCAAUUAUUCAAGCUCUAGCCGGAGGUACUCUAUUUUAUGUGACUGUCUGUGAGGUAAUGCCUCGUGAAAAAGCCCGAUGGCAUCAAAAACCAGAGAGACGAACAGCAGGAUUGGCACAGUUUUUUGCUGUUGCAUUAGGAUUUGCUGUUAUGACGAUUAUCAACUUUUAUAUUGGUGAUGAUGAUUGAUAAAAAUGGAUACGACUUGCCACAUCUUGCGAUUAAAAUGACUAAACUAUCAUUUUUGACUUUAAUAUAAUAUAAUAACUAUUAGACUAAGUAAAAUAAAGAGGCCAAAUAAAGUGUAGAAAAUUUAUAUAAUUAAGAAAAUAAAUAUUUGAAAAUUC